CCCACGUAAUACAGUUGUGUCAAAGCUUAUAGGAUUUCUGGUGCGAAGUGGCACUCUGUUUGGUAGCAGUUCAAGCAAUUAAAGUUUGGUUCUAUGAGCUCGGAAAAGCUUAGGAGGGCUGAAGGAGACUCGCUGUGUUCAAGGAUGUUUCCUCAAAAUGGCAUCUUUUUGCCGGAAGAAGUAAUCCUCAAGAUCCUCCUGAGUCUUCCUGUGAGAUCCAUCCUGCAAUUUAAAAGUGUUUGCAAAUUAUGGAAAACUCUAAUCUCUGAUCCCGGCUUUGUUAAGAGCCAUCUUCAAACCUCAACUCACAAACUAUUGGUCUCAUUGGUCCAAAGUGAAGAACCCUACAAAAUCUUAUCUUACCCUGUCAAGUCUUUGUUCGAAAACCAGUUGUCGACCCCUGUUGAACCUGAUAGUUUCACCUUCCUCGAAAACCCAUCACCUCCUAUUAAACAUGAUAGUUUAAGCAUGAUAGACAGGUACAUUAUUAUAGAUUCAUGCAAUGGGUUGCUUUGUCUGUUUGAUACCACUCUAAAUUCUGUCAUUAUGUGCAACCCUUCUACCAGGAUGAUGUCCGAAAUGUCUCCAUCUGCUAUUGGAGAAGGUUUUGAGUAUUUGUAUAUCACACACUAUGGAUUUGGCUAUGAUCAAGUUAAUGACAAGUACAAGUUUCUAGCAGCUCGGUCUAAUGGGUAUGGCAUCAAAAUUUAUACUUUUGGUCAAGGUUAUUGGACAGCUGCCCAAUAUUUCUCCCGUGAGCCUCGUAGGCUGCUAGGGAAAUACGUGAGUGGCACUCUGAAUUGGUUAGCUGAUGACGGAAGUUAUACUUUUGCUCAAACAGAGAUUCUUUCCUUUGAUUUGGACAAGGAGACAUACCGGAUUGUGCCGCUGCCUCAAAAUGAUAUUCGCAACAUGUGCUUACCUUUGCUCUAUGUUUUGAAUGAUUGUCUUUGUGUGUUUUUUGAGACUUCUAAAACUAGUUGGGAAAUGUGGUUGAUGAAAGAGUAUGGAGUUGUUGAGUCUUGGACUAGGUUUACUAUCGUCCCUCAUCAGAGGCCUACGAUGAGGCCUAGUUAUGUUGACCCCUUGAUUAUUUCAGAAAAUGGUGUUGUUCUUCUAGUGAACACAGUGACUCGAAAACUCAGCCUAUAUAAUUCUAUUAGUGGUGGGUCAGAUUUUGAUUAUCCCUUGAUAAGUACAACAGUUGGGUACUAUCGACAUAUUUGUCGUGACAGUCUCGUAUCACCACUGCGUACUCUCUAUCAACAUAGAAAUAUGUCAUGAGUUGCUUGGAUGAAACUCCA